GAAAUGUUCAUAUUCAACACCUCUGAGAUAGAAAUCUCUACAUUCUUAUUGAUCGGCUUCCCAGGGUUGGAGUCUUUCCACAUUUGGAUUGCCAUUCCAAUAUGCCUCAUGUACCUGGUUGCCAUCCUGGGAAAUUGCAUCAUUCUGUUUUUCAUAAAGAUGGAGCCUUCUCUUCAUGAACCUAUGUAUUAUUUUCUCUCCAUGUUGGCAAUUUCUGACCUUGGACUUUCUCUCUCCUCUCUUCCUACCAUGCUUAGAAUUUUCUUGUUUAAUGCCCCAGGAAUUUCCCCUGAUGCCUGUAUUGCCCAAGAAUUCUUCAUUCAUGGCUUCUCUGCUAUGGAGUCAUCGGUACUUCUCAUCAUGUCCUUUGACCGCUUUAUUGCCAUCUACAAUCCUUUGAGAUACACCACCAUCCUGACCAGCACCAGAGUCACCAAAAUUGGGUUUGCGUUCUCUCUCAAAAAUGUCUUGUUAAUCCUCCCUUUCCCUUUCACUCUAAAACACCUGAGAUACUGUAACAAGAAUCUCCUGUCCCAUUCUUACUGCCUCCAUCAAGACGUCAUGAAGCUGGCCUGCUCUGACAAUAAGAUCAAUGUCAUUUAUGGUUUAUUUGUUGCUUUUACAGGAAUUAUCGAUUUGAUGUUUAUUUUCAUGUCCUACCUGCUUAUUCUAAAAACAGUGCUGACCAUUGCCUCCCAGCAGGAAAGACUCAAGGUCCUAAAUACUUGUGUUUCCCACAUCUGUGCCGUGCUCAUUUUCUAUGUGCCCAUUCUUUCGCUCGCUGUUAUCUAUCGGUUUGCCAAACACAGUUCCCCAAUCAUUAGGAUACUUAUGGCUGACAUUUUUCUCCUGGUGCCCCCAUUGAUGAACCCCAUUGUAUAUUGUGUGAAGAGCCAGCAGAUAAGAAAUUUGGUCUUAGGGAAACUGUGUCAAAAGCAAAGUUGA